UUAAUCAUUGUUAGACUGAAAUACUUGAAGACUGCAACAUCUGACUGAUUGACAGAAAUUAUGGCAGCAACAAGAAAACAGUCAGUUCAAACAAUUGAAGCUGUUGCAAAAACCUCUUCCAGAAGUCCGUUCAGACUGUGACAAAAGGUUAACAGGUCUAAAAUGUAAACAAAAUGUCCAGGAUUAUAAAAGUGAAACAUGGUAAAAGCCUGGGCCAGCUAGAAAGCUAGAGUAAACUACUAUUGUGAACUCUACAAGUCCAGCUGAAGGAAAUGGGAUUUGCACGUUGAAAAACCAAAGAAACAGAAACAAAAGGAGCUCCAGAUGGGAGCCUUUAUCCCUAAUGCACAGGUGGAUCUUGUUUCCAACAGUACAAAAGGGGGUUAUUUACAAUGAAGUCAUUUUUGGGGAGAAAAAAUAUUCUGUCCACCAUGUACAGAGCCUUCUAACUUCUCUGCAGGAAAUCCAAACUAGUUCCAUGAAAUAACUUGAAAACAGUCUGGAUCCCAAAUGAAGGGGAAGUUUCAAACGUUGCAUGACUGGGCUCCAUCCUGCAGUGCUGAUCUGUCAGCUGCUACAUAGGAAGGCUGGAUCCAUGCCUCAAGGAUCCCGAACUGUCAGAAAGGCCAGAGGAGCUGAAGCAGAAUAUAAUUAUAUAAAGACAAAUAAUUGACAGAGCUUCAUCUCUUCUACUCCUGUUACAAAAUGCAGCACCACUCACAUUGUUUGUAAUCUGUUGUCAUUUUCUCGUGUAGAUUGCUGUAACACCAGCCAACAUCAGACAGCUCCAGCUGUUUGAGGACGAACAUCCUGCCUGUACUGUGCUGGCGCUUCACCCUCCACAUGAUCAAACACAGGGUUUGGAACCAAACACGGUCUUUCACCAAAAACGCCAUGUCAGACGCAGACCAACUCCUACCUCUCUGUUUUCACCUUAUAGUCUUAGCUUUAUACUUGCACAAGAAGUGGUGGCCAUUGGACGACGUGCUGCAGACCUCCAGUGAAUCCAGAAGUGGCUUGCAGCCAGUGCAGUCCAUCAUGGAGAGGUUGAUCGUGUUCCUGCUCAGUCAGGUGGUGGAGGGGCCUGGGUCACAUGGAGAGGUGUCGUUCUCCCUGCAUCCACCCACAGAAACCUGCAAAGUGCUGUGGAAGGAUGGACAGGCGGUCGGCUUCUACACCAUCAAGCACAAAGGCAGACUCUGUGACAGCUGGAGCAGCCGCUGCUACCUGCUGCCUGUCCUGGACACUGUGCUGGUGAGGAGAAGAUGCAGGAGGAGAGGCUUCGGCCUUCAGAUCCUGCAUGACUUCUGCUCCUCCUUCUCCUCGGAGGAGUUUCUCGGAGUCAGCUCUCCCUUGUCGUCCGGCAUGGUGGCAGUGAUCAGGAAGUUCCUGCAGCAGCAUGAGGAACAUCGGGUGCGUCUGUAUGAGGUGGAGGCUCCAGGAGGGUGGAAUCAGAGAAGAAACAUCUGGCUCAACAUCCAACUUGGUCGCUACGCGUCUGAGCAGACUAGUCCAGCUGUCCUGACCCCAGUCAGCCCUGUAACUCGAACGCUCCCCUGAUAACGGCCUCUGCUCAGCUCUGUGAUAUGAACCAGGAAGAUAACUCCCCGAGCAGCGAGCUGUAUGGGACAGGAUGUUGC